AUGUCUCUUCCGCUCUUUGCCAUAUCUGUUUUGAUAUUCUCUCUGCAAGCUUUUCCUGUCUCUGCGCAGAAUUACACGUGGCCAUGGCAAACCUAUAAAUCUAGCUCAGCGGAGCCUCCAUUACUGAAUAUCACUAAAUCCGGUCCUACGUCUCCUGGAUACCUAUUUUUCAACCAGAAUGGGGAGUAUGCGCAUAACUAUAGCCUUUUCAUCAUGUCCGAUGACGAUGAACUUAUCUGGCAAAGCGGAUAUGGCGACUACAGUGCUUUCAGGACCCAAACAUUUGAGGGCAAACCGGUAUUAACUUUCUUCAAUGGAGUCUCACUAGCGGAACCUUACGGAUGGGGCCAUGGAAUUAUUCAAAUUCUUGAUAAUUCUUAUACAAGUAUUUACAAUGUUUCACUAGCAGCAGAUGAAGGGAACUUUUUGACUAUACCGGAGCUUGAUCCUAACCAGAUCACAUCCUAUCUCGAUAUGCACGAGUCCCAGAUCACAGCUCAAGAUACCAUCCUUGUAACAUUAUACAACGUUACCAAAUACGAUCUGAGCUCUGUUGGUGGACCGCAAAAUGGUUGGGUAACUGAUAGUUUGUUCUACGAGCUCGAUAUCAAGACCAACGAAAUACUUUUCAAGUGGAGCGCCUUAGACCAUGUCGACCAGAUUCCUAUUGCCGAUGUCCAGCAGUUUUAUCCUGUUGCGGAUUUUGGUAAUAACCAAUCUAUUCCAUACGGUUAUUUCCACAUCAAUUCAGUAGACAAAUUUGAAGACGGAUCAUACUUAAUCUCUUCGAGAUACUACUGCUCAAUUUUCAAGAUUUCCAAAAAUGGCACAGUUGAAUGGACACUACAGGGCCAAACCGGCGGAGAUUUUCAGCUUGACGGUCAACUUUCCUUCUGUUAUCAGCACGAUGCUCGUAUUCGACAAGAUUUAGGGAAUGUAGUUCAAAUUAGCCUAUUUGAUAACGCAAACUCUGAGAUUGUGUCUGGCAUAAAUCAAACUAAAGGCAUAUUCCUUACAUUGAAUACGGAAACAAUGAAGGCUACGCUCAACCAAGAAUAUGUUGACGCACAGGACGCAAUAUACGCCUUUUCCCAAGGAAAUCUACAGCAGUUAGAAGACGGGAAUGUUAUCAUGGGAUAUGGGUCGACACCUAAGAUAAGAGAGUUUAGCCCCGAUGGUACUACCUUGAUGACUGCGCAGUUUGGCCCUGGGGAUGGUCUCAUCUUUUCUUAUCGUGCCUAUCGUUUCCCGUGGAUUGGUCUCCCCAAGUCAUCUCCGAGUGUCUUGGCUUGCAGGAAUGAAGCUAGUAACAGUACUGCAGUAUAUAUGAGCUGGCUUGGUGCCACAGAACACAAGUCUUGGGGGAUAUUUGCAGGAGAUAGCAACUCUAGUCUCACUCUAAUAUCACAGGUAGAUAAGACCGGGUUCGAAACAGUAGCAACUAUACCCGGCCAAGUUUCUUUAAUCCGCGUUGAGGCACAGGGCGUGGGUAUCACUGGCGGAGUUUCUCACGUAGUAUCAUCUCAAAGAAGUUGCUAA